CAAUAAACUGAAAAUCCCAUAUGUGACACUUAUGUAAUUAUUCGUAGGGAGUGACGAUAUUAUAUACAGAAAAACUAUAUUCACAUUAUUAUUCGUGUAUUUUGUUCCGCAACAAAAUUUCAUUCUAUAAUUUAUUAAAAAAUUUACGAAGGAAGUGAUCAUACAAGUCGUUGAUAUACACGAGUGUGUUUGCAGUUUAUGACUACAUGAAAAUGUAUAAAGUUUUUACAUAUUCACAUCGUAAUAACUCAUGGAUUGAACGUUUCGUAGCAAUGAAAUUUAUAUUAUUCGUCUUCGAUCUCCUAAUUGUGUAUGCAUAUAAUAUCGAUACAAAGUAUCCGAUAAUCUAUCCGGACAGUGCAUUAAACGCGGAUCAGUAUGUCGACACGCAAUUCAAUCGCAGUUAUUUCGGCUAUUCAGUCCUGCUCCAUCAUGAUCCUCAAAAAAACGCUUCAUGGUUGUUUGUAGGAGCACCUCGAGGAAAUUAUACAAAACCAUCGCGCAAUAAAUUAUUGAAAAAAAGCGAACCAGGAGUAGCUUAUCGAUGUAACUUACCAGGUUCAUGUGUCGAAAUAGAAUCGACUGUACUUGAGGAUGAAAAAGUUUACAUACGUCAGAUUGGCAUGCGCGCGUAUUUAACGAACGAUCAUUCUUGGUUUGGUGGCGCAAUGUCUAUAGAAAGAUAUAGCGGUUUUUUAACGAUAUGCGCACCGCGAACAAUUAUGAGUAUAUUCCCUGAUAAGAAGGAAUUAAAAUAUGUGAAUACCAUGCAAGGCAUGUGUUACAGCAAUCAGAUGUUGUCAAAUACAAUGACAGCAGAAAUAUUUGAAAUUAAUCAGUUUGAUUACAGCAGAUAUACGUGGUUUGAUCCAAUUCAAGGUUUCUCCGUUAUGUUUGCAUCGACACAGGAAGAAGAAACAAUAAGCCGUGUUGUAGGAAAUCCAAACGACGAAGUUGUCGGCAGUAUCAAUGUUGGACGUUUUUCAAGAGCCGGUAAAUUUGACGAAAGUUCUCGAAAAAUGCUAAAUUUAACGGUACAUGACGAUACGUCACAAUAUGGCUACAUGAUAACUGCAGGAUAUUAUUUUGAUCAAAAACGAUUUCUCUAUGCCUGUUCGGAUCCAGGAUGGAAUUACGUAGGACAGGUUGUUGUAAUUGACACGAAUAAAGAGAGCGCAUAUACAAACGCUCAUUUGUUUGGCAGUGACAUUGGUGAGUUUUUUGGAGCAGGUUUGGCUAGCGGUGAUUUAAACAACGACGGCUUAGACGAUCUUAUAGUGGGAUCUCCGCUUUGGGGAAAUGACAACGGCAAAGUUUAUAUAUAUUUAGGUCAGCCGGAGGAAGAAUUUGAAGCGGUUGUAAUUUUAGAAGGCGCCGCGGAAGAUGCACAGUUUGGCUACACCGUGGCAAGCGGCGAUCUAGAUAAAGAUGGAUUUAGUGAUAUUAUAGUGGGCGCACCCUGGGAAGGGUCUGGAGUAAUUUAUAUUUACUACGGUGAUGCAAGUUUAAAAAACAAAGUACGACCUGCCGUAUCGCAAAGAAUCGAAAUGGAAUCGUCUGGUUUGUUUCCAACGAAAGAAAUAAAUAUACGAACGUUUGGAUUUUCCAUAUCCGAACCGAUUGAUAUUGACGACAAUGGAUACGCCGACAUUGCCGUAGGCGCGUAUAAAUCGGGACAUGUGAUCAUACUUCGAAGUAAACCAGUUGCACAAACAAAUUUGACCAUUAUCACUACUCCAAGCAUAUUGAAGAGAAAUGAUAGCAACUUUUUGAUUACGGCGUGUGUUAAAUAUCACGGUUACGACACGGCAAAUAUGCACCCUUUCAAAAUCUCUCUUAUCGUGGACAAGAAAUACAAACGUACCAAAGAGACUUCAUUGGAAAUGGUCUCGGCAAAUCCUCCUCUUGAUAUGUGUAUAAAUGUCACUGUUACACUUUCGACGAAUAUUCAAGAUUUCAUUGAACCAAUUAAUAUUUACGCAUCACACAAAUUUACGCAUGACGUUUUGUCUUCUGCUGAAUUCUGCAAAACAUGUCCUGUUGAAAGUAAAGAUAAUAAAUCAAGCAGUGUACAAAAUGUGCUACCCUUCGACAUCGGUUGCGGUGAGGAUAGAAUUUGCAAUUGUAAUAUAACUGCAACAAUGAAAUUUUUGGGAGUCAGAGAAAAUAAUUCAUGGGCAAUUGGUUCCAAUGAUAUUAUUUUGGAGACAGUCUUAGAAAAUCAUGACGAGCUGGCGUAUCUGACAACAAUCGCGUUUACCUUUCCGAACGGAAUCAUAUUGCAUAGUAUCUUACCGUCUUGUGAGGAAGAUCGGAAUGGGAAUAUUUUAAUAGUUGUUUGCGAAGUCAGCAAUCCACUUAAAACGAACGAGCAGAAAAUUGUGAAACUGGAUCUGGAUAUGAGAUAUAUAACCGACGGUUCGCUUCACGGAACAGUUUUGAACUUUUCUGCGGAAAUAAAAACGCGUAGUGUUAAUCACGGUAUGCAUAAAAUUCAGCUUUCGCUCGCCUUAAUAAGUGAAGCGUCCUCGUCAUUAAAUGGGAAAGCGAUAGAAAAAAGUUAUUAUUUACCUGAAUCAGACGACGAUCAAUUGAAUAUAACAUUCCAACAUCAUUAUCAUUUAUUGAAACUCGGUGCGACGUCCAUAGAAGAAGCAGAACUCAGUAUCGAUGUGCCAACGUCCGUGAACGAUUCUGACUCCUUUGUAGAUUUAUAUCAACCGCGUAUAUAUAUCUCCGGAAAGUAUUAUGAUUGCUUGUCGAGUGGUAUUGAUUUAGUUAACGAUGGACAACAAAAUGACGUUUGGAAGAGUACAGCGUCAAAUGAUAUAUAUAACUUGAAUAACGAUACAUCUCACAGUCUGUCAAAAAGGGAUAUAACGGAUAAAGCUGUUAUAGCAGCUCACUUUAUGCAAAAGUUAUAUUAUGCGAAAUUAACGUCAAACGAUCAAAGCGGUAACAAUCUAACAUCUUGGGAAAGAGAUACCGUGUAUUUGAAUUGUUCGACAAUCGGCGUGAAUUGUGCGACGGUUUGUUGCAACCUGAGAGCUUUAAAGACGCAAAAGGAUGUUGGCAAACUGGUUAUGAAAUUAAUUCUCAAUGUUACAAAACUCAAAGAUAAUUUUGGAUUGAGGAAAGAAAGAAAAGUCAUAAGAUUUAGCACAAAUGCUCACGUCCAAAUCAUGAAACCAGCAAAUAGGAUUUCUUUUGCGGAUGAUAACGAUGUGAUUCUCACGACAGAAUUUUAUAGCACCGCAAAACCAGAGAAACUGCAACUGUGGGUUGUGUUUGUAUCGGUUACGUUAGGUUUAAUAUUUUUGUUUAUCAUUAUUAUUAUAUUAAGUAUGGUAGGUUUUUUCAGAAGGACAACGAAGGAAGAGUUAUCCGCUAUAAAUACGACUGAAAUAGAAGAUCGAAGUCAAUCAAUCGAACAAUUGGAGAUGAUAGAAGCACCCGAAUAGGAGUAUUUGUGUAUUUUAAUAUGGAAAAGUGUGUGAUUUACGUGGUUAAUUUAUGUAUUAAAUAAUAUAAGUUCAAUCUACAUAAAAAUAUUCUUUUAUUCUUAUCAGAGAGUUAUACAACGGCGGUAUAAUGAAUUUUUAUAUAACAUCUAUAUAAAAUUUACCGUAUCGUAUAUUUACAUAUAUAUAAUGUAUAUAUAUUUACAUCACAAUAUUACAAUUUUUUCUUGUAAGAAAAACAAUGGUAAUGUUCAUACAACAUUUACAAAUGAUCAAUACUCAUACAGACGCAAUCAUCGUUCAUACAAGUUUUUAUAAAUCGAAACGAAGAGAUUUUCACAUGUAAAAUAAAAAAGUAAUAUGUUUUUUGUCACACCAGUAUGUACAUUUAUGAGUCUUUGAAUACAAAUAUAUCUGAUACUGUAAUUGCGUGUAUCAUCAUCUAAACGUCAAAAUAUACAUGCUAUAUUUGUGAUUAAAACUAUCGCUGUGUAUAUACAAAUAUGUGAGCACAAAUUAUUCCUCCUCUUAUUUUGUCUAUCAAAACUAUACACGCGCUAAUCGAAAUUUCACGGUACGCGAUUUAAGAAUAUACAAAUUAUUAAAAAAAUCACAAACUAAAAUUCGGAUCUGUUUCUUCUAAAUAAACGUAGAAUAAAUAUUAUCUUCUGGUCCAAUAGAACUGAUGAAAUGCAGACACAUUAUUGCCAUCGCAGCGACACGAAACUGCAUACAUUGCUGGAGGGACGUAAAGGUGCUGCAAGCAAACUUAUAACUGUUUGUGCAGCACAAAAUGCACAACUUUGUGCAUCCGUACCUCGUUAUCUUCCGAAGAAACUGCGAUGCUCUCAUUAGCUCUCCCAUUUUCAAUAAACGAACAUCAACUCGAUAUUUGGGAUACGAACUGCUACCCGUUCGUUUCCCUUGAAGAACGUGAUUUAUACUUGCUCAAGUCCCAACGGACGUAAAAGCUCACGUGUAUCUCUCUUGAAGUUGAAAACUUUAUAAACUCUCUCCUUUCUUCGUCAUCGUUUCGUUGAUGUGUAUAUGCAGUGGAAUGUAUAUUCGCAGUAAGAUACAAUCCAUACUGAAUCUUCUGCUUCACAUAUGCUAAUACACAUCUCAUUGCGCGCAACAUAAAUAUUAAAUCACUAAAUAUUAAAAAAAAAAAAAAAUUAUAUAAACCUAUCGUCGAGAUUAUUAUCAAUCGAAUAAGUUGUGGCUCACAUAAAUGUAUAAAUUUAACCCUGUUUGACAUGUCCAUAUUAAUUUUUUAAUCGAGAAGACCCGCACAUUUUCUUUAUAUGGUGCUAUUUUAUAUGAUUUUAAAAAAUUCAAAACAGACUUUACAAUAUAUAUAUAUAUAUAUGUACAAAUCAUCUUACACUUUCUCAACAAUGUGUUUCCCAUUGUAUUUCAUAGCACCAUUUUAUUAUUGUAACUUAGCAAACUUCAAACGUAAAUCUCAUUCGUUUACUCUCGCUUUAUAUACUUCUUAAUCUACUUUAAAAUAUAUAAAGACCUGUAUUUUUGUUCAACGUAAAACAAAUAAAAAUUAGGUCGCAAUUGCACACAAUGAUGUUAGAUAAUUAUAAUGCAAGAUGCUUUGUUUUUUUUAUAAGUACAAAUUGAAAACUUUCAGUAGUCUAUUGACAAACAGACACCAUUCUACUCCUUUCUUCAUCAAAUAUAACACUGUUAUAUCAAAAUUUCCCUUAUGGAACGUCUCGAGUUGCUUUUCUUCCUAGAAGACAAGGACAUGUUUAACUUUUUUUGCUUAAAAAAAGGUUCAACAUAUCUUUGUCUCGUCUAUAAAGUUGUUAAUAUUUAAGUUUUUUUUAUAAUAUAUGUAACAUCAUUGUAUGUGUAUAAAAAUAUCGCUUCCCGCAUUAGUAUUUCUUUUUUUUUGGCCUAUACUUUGCACAAUUUAUAAGAAACAAUUUAUCUUUUUAAUUUGUUACAUAUCACAAAAUACUUUUUACAAAGUAAAAUUAUAUUCUAAAUAUAUAUUGAUAUCGCAAGCAAAAUUAAAUUUUAUCGCUUUGUGAUAUAAACAACAAACAUUUUCUACUAAGUUUAAAUCGUACCAAAAUAGAAAUAUUACUUAAAAUAAUAGCACACAAAAUAUAAAGUUUGUUGUUUUAUACAAAUAAACACACACAUAUAAGGAGUUUUUUUUUUGAAGCGCAACAAGUUAUUUAGUGAUUAAUUUUCGGUCGUUACUAAACGUGAUAAUAGUUGUUCGUUUGAGCUAUUUGAUUGAAGUUAUUUACACUUGCUGCUAAUUAUACAUGAUUUCUCCAGCCGGAAAUCUUGAAAAAUUUAGGAUCCAAUCCUCUCUAUACUCCUUUCGAGACUAAUAAGUCUUUGGUUGUGUCCUAUUUCUAUUUAUAGUUUUCUAUUUCACGUAUAAAAAAAACAUAACUGAGUAUUCAUCAAUUCGACAGAUCCUUUCGCUAAUAAUCAAGAUGUCAGACGGAAAAACAAGUAUAAAUUAGCAUCUUAAAACCUUUAGCGAUCAAACUUGCAAGUAACGAACAACUAUCAUCACCAUCUGUAUCAGUAAUCCAAAAUGAAUCGAUAAAUAAAAAUCCAGUUUGUUGCAAGUUAGAAGAAUUUCCUUAGAAACUGUUUUUUUUUUCCCCUUCAAUAAUACUUUUGUAUCGUUCGCUAAUUAAUAUAAAUGACAUCAACGAAAACACUAUAAAUUUGUAGUAUGUAAUAUAAAUUAGUAUAAACUAUUUUGUGUAUAAAAUAGUUUAUAAAUUUAGCAUAAAAAUCGUUAUUUUUGGGGAGUUUUUUUCAGUACACUUUCAAUAUUUCAUCAUAUAUUUCAAAACGAAAUAUAGAAAUAAAUUUGUGUUUUUUCAUCAUACCCCAAAAAUUUUUGUUACAAUUUUAUUGCACACUUGUUUGACGUUAUGAACUUUUGCAAAAAUGAAUUCUAGUAAUUUUCAAGAUGUUUUUCAUUAAUGUCAUUAAACAGAACAUUAAACAGUAAAAA